AAAUAUGUAUCUUGGCACAGAGACCCCGACGCAUACGUUAUAGAUGCCUUUACAAUAUCGUGGUCAUCCUUUUAUUUCUACUGUUUUCCACCAUUCGCUAUGAUAUUAAAAGCGUUGCGGAAAAUUAUUGAUGACAAAGGUGAGGGUAUUAUGGUAGUGCCUUUAUGGCGGACACAACCUUGGUACCCUCUUUACAUGAGCCUCUUGAUAUCGGACCCCUUAAUUCUGCAACCAUCUAAUGACCUGAUUAUCUCUCAUUCCAGCAAUCGAGAUGUGCACCAGAAAAUUACCCUGGUUGCCGGGAUAUUAUCAGCUCGUCAUUGUUAAGAAGAAACGUUCCUCCUGCCUCGGUACCGAUUAUGUUAGCUUCACUUGCAGGCAGUUCUCUCAAACAAUAUGAUGUUUGUCUUAAAAAAUGGUUUUUAUUCUGCAAAGUAAAUAAUUUUGAUAUUUAUGAAGCUUCCGUCCCUACGGUUAUAAAAUUCCUUACGCAGAUAUACGAGUCGGGUGCAAAAUAUGCAACCAUAAAUAGUUAUAGAUCAGCACUGUCAUUGAUUCUUGGGCAGGACUUGGGUAACAAUGAUUGUAUAAAACGUUUUUGCAAAGGUAUCUUUAGACUCCGUCCACCUUUACCCAAGUAUGAUACAACCUGGGACGUAUCUGUAGUUUUAAAUUUUUUAGCUACAUUGUAUCCAAAUGAAUCGCAGAAUUUAGAUAAACUAUCCAAAAAAUUAGCUACCCUUCUGGCGCUAACAACUGCCCAUAGAGUGCAAACACUUUCAAAAAUAAAUAUUGAUAAUAUAGAAAUAUUUGCCACCAAAGUCAGUAUCAAAAUUCCUGAUCUAAUUAAAACAUCCCGUCCUGGCGCAGCUCAGCCCGAGCUUAUAUUACCAUUUUUUCGCGAAAGACCAGAAAUCUGCCCUGUUAGUGCCCUAGGUUGCUUUCUUGAGUUAACCAAGGACUUACGUAAAACUAAAAACCUUUUUAUUAGUAUUAAUAAGCCUCAUAAAUCAGUUACCUCACAGACGUUAAGUCGGUGGAUUAAGUCGAUUUUAGGUACUUGUGGAAUUGAUGUGACUACCUUCAGUGCUCACAGUACAAGACACGCAUCCACAUCAAAGGCAUAUAAGACUGGAGUUAACCUAGAUCUUAUAAGAAAAACAGCAGGUUGGAGUAAUUAUUCAACCUUUGCUAGAUUCUAUAAUCGAAAUGUAAACGAAAUUGAUAAACAAGAUGAUUCUUUUGCCCGAGGUGUUCUGUUAAAUGAUUAAGCUAAAAUAAUUAGAAUUAAGUACGAAAAAUGAUUAUACCUUGAUAAUUCAAUAAAAGCGAUUAUUUAUCAUUAUCACCUUUUAAUUCCGUUGAUAUUUUCCCAACUUACUCUCAACAUCUACAUGUGAUCUAAUAUAGAAGUACAAAACCCGAAGUAUAAUUAAUGAUUAAACGAACUUACCUUAAGUGAAGUUCUAUCAUAAUUAUAUGAGGGUUUUGUACGAAUAUAUUAGAACCCACCCUCCCAUAUUUCUACCCCAGGAAAAUAUCAACAUUGGACGAAACAUACUCUCAACUAAAUGAGGACAGCAAGACAGUAGAGCGGGUAAGAAUGAAC